GUAAAAUCUGACAACCAUUAAAGAAGAGAAAGUGGCAAUGCUGUGUUUGUUUGGAACUCGGUCGAAUUUUUAAUUUCUUUUGUGAAAUUCUUUAUUUUCAAAUCUAGAAAUGAGAAAGGAUAAAGAGAAAUAUGAUCAUGGGCAUGAAGUUAGCACUGCCCGUGGACGAUUGGAAGGAGCUCUGCAAAUUUUGAUCGAAAAAACUGAAUCUGAAGAUAGCGAUGAAUCUGACGUAGAUGUAACUGAUUUAAUCCAUGAAGGCAGAAGUCAAUCAGCAUCUCCUAGGAAAUCAGGAACAAUUAAAACUCCAUUGAGAAAGAGAAGACGCUUAAAUGUGGAUAAACAUUACAAAAAUGACCAAAAUUCCUAUGUGCUUAAGCUUUAUGAUCGUAGUGUUGAUCUUGCAAAAUUUUCUCCUCAAACUCCCCUAUAUCCUGUUUGCCGUGCUUGGAUAAAAAAUCAACCAAACAACCAACAAUUUGGAGCUGCAAAUGCAAAUUCCCCUAAGAAACUGGAGGAUAAAGGAGCUGAGGUUAAAGAGGAUUUAAAACUUGAAGAAAAUGGUGAAGCUUUUGUAAAUAGCUUGCCAUUACCUGAAGCGAUGCCUCUGGAUGAAGAAGGAAACAUUGUAGAUACUAGGAUUCCCUUUGAUCUGAAGCCCAGUGGAAAAUCUAAAUCACUAGAUUUGCUGCUAAAUGUGUGUGAAGAUGAGGCGGCUCCAUCAGUAUCAUCGCUAUUGCAGGAGCAUUGUUCUCAUUGGGGUCGAGUACGAGAGCAAUGGAGACGGGCGGCUAAUGUCAAUGAAGUCCGUUAUGUUGAAAGUACCAAGAUUCUUAAGAAUAUUUUAGUUCGCCCUUAAAUUUGAUGUGAUCAUCAUAUUUUUGUACUACUUGACAAAAAUUCAACAACCAUCAGCGUUUGUUUUGUGGGACGUGUGCUUCAAUAUUAUCUUAAAACAAAAACAUUAA